CCACUAUGAGAUGUGAGAACUCUCCGCAGAGUAGACAGAACAGAACGCAUGCGUCACAGAGUAUACAGUAGACACAUCCCCAUUCCCAUUCCACCGCUCUCUCUCUCUCUCUCUCUUCUGAAUCCCCUGCUUCUGUUUGGCCUGACCAACACAGAGACGCCAUGGAUGCCAAGCAAAAGCGUCUAAGGCCGAAACUCGACCGCCGAAACGCCAUCAAGAACAUCGACUACGACGCGCCGCCGCCCUCUUCCUUAACCACUUCCUCUUUCGACGGCGACCAUUCUUCGCCGCCCCCGGGUCUCCGAAGUCGCUCCCUUGACCUUUUCCAGUUCUCCGAGAACCAAACCAGCUUCCGAGUGAAGGGCGUGGAAGGUGAAUUCGACCUCAUUUGCCGCUCCUUGGGGCUUUCCGGGCCCGAAGACUUCGCCAUCCCCACCGCCGCCUGGGAGGCCCAGAAGGCCCGCUCUUCCUCCGACCUCUCCUUCCGCUCUGGCCCCCGAAACCACUCUUCUUUGGCUAAACCGGAGCCCCACAGCGAAUUUCAGGCUAGGGUUGGCCUCGGUGCUGGCGACUCCAAGCAAAAUCGUUCCAAUUUAGCUGAGCGCGAGAGCAGAAGAAUAAGGGUUAGCUCGGACUCUGUCACGGUGGGGCCAAGUGGAGGAAUUAAGGGUGCUCGGCCGCCAGUGAUGCUGCGGCCUUUGGUGGAUAACGUGGGCUCCACGUGGGAUAUUCUGAAAUCAUUUGCUCCUCCUCAAAGCGAUGCGGCUUCGAAUGAGGAGGUUAGUGGAGGAAUUGGCGAGAGGGAAGAUUCAGAGGAGGGGGUGAGGUUGGGCGAGACCGACUGCGGUUUGGAAUCUUCUUCAUCUAGAUCGAACUGUAACGAUAAUGGUGAUCAUGAUGAUGUCGUUCGCACAUCUAGCGUCAUUUCGGUGAGUAGUCUUUCACCGAGCGUGACAUUGAGACGCAGCAUUACGUCCUGGCAAAAGGGUGAGCUUCUGGGAAGUGGGUCUUUCGGAACCGUGUUUGAAGGCUUCACUGAAGAUGGGUUCUUUUUUGCUGUUAAGGAGGUUUCGUUGUUGGAUCAAGGAAGCCAGGGCAAGCAGAGUAUUUUACAACUUGAGCAGGAGAUUUCUCUCCUAAGUCAAUUUGAACAUGAGAAUAUAGUUCGGUAUUUUGGAACAGACAAGGAUGAAAGCAAACUUUAUAUCUUCCUUGAGCUUGUAACUAAAGGGUCACUUUCAAGUCUAUAUCAUAAGUAUCGCUUGAGGGAUUCUCAAGUCUCUGCUUACACAAGACAGAUUUUGAACGGAUUGAUGUAUCUUCAUGAUCGGAAUGUGGUUCACAGGGAUAUCAAAUGUGCUAAUAUAUUGGUGGAUGCAAGUGGAUCAGUAAAACUUGCAGAUUUUGGGUUGGCAAAGGCAACCAAAUUGAACGAUGUUAAGUCUAGCAAAGGCUCUCCAUUCUGGAUGGCCCCUGAGGUUGUUAAUCUAAAGAACCGUGGCUAUGGGCUUGCAGCCGAUAUAUGGAGCCUUGGAUGUACCGUAUUGGAGAUGUUAACGCGUCGGCCACCAUACUCACACUUGGAAAGCAUGCAAGCACUAUUUAUGAUUGGCAAGGGUGAACCUCCUCCAGUUCCUGAUUCCUUAUCAAGAGACGCCCGGGAUUUCAUACUCGAAUGCAUAAAAGUUAACCCAAAUGAUCGGCCUGCUGCAGCUCAGUUAUUGGACCAUCCAUUUGUGAGGAGACCUCUUCAAAAUUCCCUUGACCCUAUUGUUGGGAACAUAUAUGUGAAUCAAACACGUCAAUAAUAGCGGAAAAAAUCUCAGGGUCGAGUUCCAUGAUAAACAUAGCACCAGUUUUUUCAAAAACACUAAACAUCAUGUUAGAGAACAAGGCAUAAUCGCAUGCCUUGAUAGGUGUGUAGCUAGGGUUUUGAUGAUGAAUGGCUAGGGUAGUGCUCUAUAGACCUUCUGAUCCGCUUUUCAAUUCCAAUGUGUGGUCAGGAGUGUGGGGUCUUAUGCACAAGGCCUCCUUAUUCUGUGAGUAGUUGUGGGAAAACAGAAUUAUUACCGAUUGAAAUGGGUUAAGUGAGACAAUGAAAGUUUGUAUCAUUCUCUCUUUUGAAAUGGGUUAUUUGUACACACUCAUAUUUGGUGUUGGACCUAUGCAUGGAUGUAAGUGUGGACAAAUAUCAUUUGCCCUCUCUUUUUGUAUGUGUACAUUUUAUAAAUUGCCAAGGAAAAAAAUUCAUCCUCUCCGGAUCACA